GCAAAAAGACAUGAAUCCGAGUCGUUCGCUGUUGACCCAUUUCUCUCCCCGAAUGCUACGGCCAAUGAUGUCCACCUCUUGUCGAUAGGGUAGCCCCUUUAAAUUAAUUAAAUCAAACAAAAGAACCACCCAUCCCGCUUUCCAUCCCCGUCGAGCAGUGCAAUACUUGCAGGGCCACAGGCGUUCACGAUGGAUGCGAAGGCCUACCUUAUGAGCCAGGGUUGGUCCGGGCCCGGUAAUCCACUACAGUCUUCGCGCCGUCCCGGCGGUCCCCAUGCUGGCCUGGGUCUUACUAAACCUAUCCUCGUUGCCCGAAAGAAGAAUACCCACGGUAUCGGAAAGAAGACAACACAUGACCAUACCAACCAAUGGUGGUUGAGAGGGUUUGAAGAGGCGCUCAAGGGGGUAGGCGACGAUGGGAGUGCGACACCCACGACAAGUGCGAGCGAAGAAAAUCGUUCUGGCAUGAGGAGUGAACUGUACAGGUUUUUCGUGAGGGGGGAGGGACUGAAGGGUACGAUUGGGACGAGGGUCGACGGAGGGCGUAUUAUCAAUUCCACUAGUGAUCAUGGCAUCAAAAGAAAGCGGGACGAGGUCGGAGGGUUAGAAAAUGUCGAGGAUGAGGACGUUAAGAAGAAAAAGAGGAAGAGAAAGGAGACACUGGCCGAUGAUGAGUGCGCAAACAUCAAAAAUAUCAACAAGGCGAAGCGGAAUAAGAAGUCGAAAUCCAAGGACAAAUCGCAGGAUGUCUCGAAUCCAGCAGACGAAGUAGAAUCCUCAGGAAGCAAGUCGAAGAAGAAGAAACGGGAAAAAAGCCGGAAAGAAGAUCAGUCUGCUGAAGCAUCACCGACCUCUGGUACUACCGAUGCGGAAGAUAGUGUCAGUAACGGCCAAUUAUCGGAGAAAGAUGCGGGAAAAAAACGAAAGGAGCUGAAAAAGCCCAAGAAGGAAUCCAAGCGUCAAUCAGAGGACGACAGGGAGUCAAAGAGCCGGAAAAAGAGGAGGAAAAUGGAAGCAGACGACAAAUGAAGCAUAUACCAAUCAUUCGAACUUCAUAUAGAUGAAAACCUCCUUUUUGCGAUACGGAUGGGCUCCCAGCUGAUAUAUAUUGAUGCUCUAUGAGCCUUGGUUUAAAAGCGCUUUGCGAUUUUUUCAUAUACCCCAUUACAGUUGCAGGUUUGAAUUGAGCUGCUUUACUGCUUGUCUACAAUGGU